GUCACCAUGUGGGAGUUCCGGUCCAUGUCGUUCUGGCGGGCAGUGUUUGCAGAGUUCUAUGGCACCAUGUUCUUUGUGUUCUUCGGUCUGGGGGCGGCUCUGCGCUGGACCACCGGGCCCCACAACGUUCUCCAUGUGGCCUUUUGCUUCGGCCUGGCCGCUGCCACCCUCAUCCAGUCCAUCGGUCACAUCAGCGGGGGACACAUCAACCCGGCCGUCACCUUCGCCUACCUGAUUGGCUCCCAGAUGUCCCUGUUCCGCGCCUUUUUCUACAUCGUGGCCCAGUGUCUGGGGGCGCUGGCUGGGGCCGCUGUGCUCUACGGGGUCACCCCCACCAACAUGAGGGGAAACCUGGCACUCAACACGGUAAGACUACCUGACCAAUGACAGUCAAUUCAGCUGAAUGUAAAUGGGAUUGAUCCCAACCCUGAUAGGAAAGUCUGUGGUGACAAUCACAAAUUUCAGAGUUCCAUUGUCAUCUGCCAUGAAUGAAUGAAUGAAAUUAACUUGAACUUGACAGGUGAUAAAGAACAUCUGUGUGUGUGUAACCACGAUUGGAGAGUCUGUUUGAAUUUAUAGUUCAGUCUUUCUUACAUUGGGAAUAUGAGACAAUAUAGCAACCCAGUUUAAAGGUCCUAAUAGAAGACCUGCUGCAGAUGUGUUGGCGUUACAGCAGUUGAAUCUGUACAACUGACUUUCAACAAAAAAAAAAGAUAUAUCUUUUUUUACAAUGUUCGAUUUUAUGAAUAGUUCAUAUUCAUAAAAUAUCUGUAAUUAAACAUUUACAAAAACACCACUCUUUAGAAUUCAUGGACAAUGUAAGAUUAGCAAAUUAUACUUUUUUUAGUGAGCUAUUUUUAUGCAUUCAAGGUUUAACCUGUUGAUUGAUUGACUGACUGUUUGAGUUUUUCAUAUCGGCCAGUGGAGUAGAUAUAACUGAAAAAAGUGAACUGUAAUCAUUCAUUCACCUGUCUGUUCUAUCUCGUCCGCCUUCUCUAGCUGCAGCCAGGUAUCAGCCUGGGCAUGGCCACCACUAUGGAGGUGUUCCUCACCCUGCAGCUGGUUGUCUGCAUCUUUGCUGUGACCGAUGAGAGGCGUAAUGGACGCCUGGGCUCUGCCGCCCUAGCCAUCGGCUUCUCUGUCCUCAUAGGACACCUGCUGGGGGUAAGACAUAUAUUCCAAAUAUAGAAAUAUAUGUUUGUAGACCAUAGAAGACAGGGAAUUGUAUUGGGUGAAAACGGGCUUAGACACAGGGUUGGGUGGGAUGAAGCUUAUAGAUUUUUAGCACUUUAAAACAAGUGUAUUUAUUUCACUUUUUUUGGGGUGGGGGAACAGCAAAGUAAUUCAGUAUUUUUAAUGACAAUUGUUUUGAAUAACUUGUGAUAAUGCUGAAAGAGCAAUAAACGAAAUGAAGAGACAUAGGCUUGGAGUGGGGUGGUAAGAGACUGUUAUGACUCAGGUAUAUGAUCAGGGCUGGGUUUCCCAAAAGCAUCGUAGCACUAAGAUCAUCUUAAUUCCAUUGAACCUGAGUGGACAAAAGAUGAUCUUAGUGCUACGAUGCUUUUGGGAAACCCAGCCCUGAACAACAUAGAAAAUCAAUCAAAGUGGGAUAUUUAGGGAUUUAGGGUAAGGUCAAUUCCAAUUAUGUAUAUGAAUAGAUGUCAGAAGCAGGAAUGCCUGACUAAACAUGGAAAUCCUGAUCUCUGUGACUACAAGAGAGAAGGGGUGUGUAAUCCAUGGUUUUGAUGGGGUUGGUUAGAACUCUAGAUAGACCAAUAUGAGUGCAUUAGAAAGUACUAUUGUAUGAUGUAGGUAGGUUUUUCAUCACUGCACUCUACAUACUGCUACCAAAAUAUAAUAAUAAUAAUAUAACCCUGGUCUAUUCUCUUUGAUAUAGAUGUACUACACUGGUGCUGGAAUGAACCCUGCCAGGUCCUUCGCCCCCGCUGUCCUGGUCAGAAACUUUGUCAACCACUGGGUAAGACACUUUGUUCACACCUUACAAAGCCACAACAUGUACAGCAAUUUUAAGAUUUUACAACAAUUUACAGCAAUUUACAACAACUUACAAUAUGUUGUUUGGAGUUUAGAAAUGUGAAAUGUGAUAUAGCUAGAUGAACUCACCAACACAUUCCCCUCUCUACCUCUCUCUUUGUGUCUCUGUCUCCCUCUCCCUGGUCUGGUCUGGUCCUGUGCCAGGUGUACUGGGUGGGUCCGAUGAUUGGUGGUGCUAUGGGAGCUAUUAUCUACGAUUUCAUGCUGUUUCCCCGCAUGCGCGGUCUCGCUGAGAGGAUGGCCAUACUGAAGGGCACCAGGCCCCCAGAGGCUGAGAGCAAGCAGGACACCCGAGGAGAGACCAUCGAGCUCAAGACACAGGCCCUAUAAGCCUGGUGGAAGAAGGUUGGCUUUCGGAACCCCCUAUCCCCCUAUUCUGUACCCAAAUCCCCUCCGAACCCUCAACCCCACCCAACACACACGCGCACACAUACCUCUUCCUCCCUUCCCCUUUAACCCACCCACCCACAUAGUACAUAUAGACCAUAGACACAAACCCUCCUCACCCUCACAACAACUCCACUUUCCUCACCCUCCUCAUUCUCACUCUGCUGAUCCAGAAACAGGACAUGCUGAAUUACAGGGCAGCCAAAGCCCUAACCAUCCUCCGACCGCCCCCAACCCUCCACCACCGACCCUCACCCAUACCUCCCCCCUUGGUCUGUAGGAUAAAGACGGAGGGUAAGAAGAGGACUUAGUUGCCACUGAAGAAAGCACCCUGCACCCUGCUGUGACCUGUGGUGUACGGAGUGGGUCACUCCUGGCUGACCAGGUGGCUAUAACUGCUCAGGACAGGGGCAUCUCUCUCUCUCUCUAUCUCGUUUGUAGUCUGCUAGGAGUGAAGCUACAGUAGAGCAGUGGACUUCUGCAUGCUUUUUCCAUUUUUUUUCAUCCAGUUUGAAUCUCUCCCUUGUUUUUUUGUUUUUGUUUUAUGAAACUUUGAGAACCUGACAUGUAUGUUAUUAUUAUAUUUUUAAAGAAUUUGAGGAUUUUAUUCGACUCAAAUUCCAUUUUCAAGUCAUGCGUGUGUUGUGUGUGUGUGUGCCUGUUUUAGUAGUCCUUUUUAUUUUGGACUUUUUUCAUUACCACAAUUCCUUUGUUCGUUAUUAUGCUUUGUUGUCUUUAUUUAUCACACUGCAGUCUAUUCUAAGGGAAAUAAGCAUAUUUUGUCCCCCUCCUCCUUGAUUUUGCUGCAGUAAAGUUCUGAUUCACUAGUAGUUUUACAGACAACAUAUUUAGAGUGCUCCCCUUUUAUCGCAAAGCCCUUACAUUUUCGCGUUGAAGUCAAGUCUUUUAAAAAAUUGUUCUGAGUCUGUCUCUCUUCAAGGGGAGCACAAACACAGUCAGAUUUAUAUGAAAAUAAACACACAACACACAAAACUUAACUGGUCUUUUCUUAACUCAAUCUCCAUCGCUAUUUAAACACAUAAUCUUGAAAUUGUACAUUAUUAUUCAUUUAUUACUACAAAAUUCCACUUCUUUGACCUGUUGGCUCUCCUUGACUUCGAUACAGCCAUGUUAAUGCCUAAGAAGAUAAAAGGUUUUAUACUGUAUGCAGUUCAGUACCAGUAUUAUCUGUGCCAGACUGUUACGUUUUACUCAGUUUCUGGAAUGCCUUUUUUUUUUUCAUUAAAGAUUUUGCCCUUACAUUGGAUUUAUGUACAGAUGUGUGACAGCUGGAUUGGGUUUCAUUUUGUCAUUUUACGUAAUAACAAAGAAAACCAAACCUUGACUGGCUUUGUCAUGUGGAUCAAGCUCAUUUUCUUAGUUGAUUGUAGUUCUUUCUUUACAUAACCUUUAAAAAAAUUAAAAAAUAAAUAAAAUGUGGUUGAAAAACAAAAUGAGUGCAUAAUGAUGCAGUGGCUUCUUGCUGGUGUUAGCAGACACCUGGUGCGUUCUAUUUUCUCUCUAC